AGUUCUCACACACAACAAUCUACUAGUAUCUCAUAAGCCUACAACAUCCCUUGAACCAGAGCCCCACCCAACUCACUAGUCACCAUGGCCAAUUUCCAGAUAACUCCCCGCGCAGCGUUCGUGGAGAGCAAUGAGCUCAACUUCCGCAGCCUGUACCUUUUCCACACUCCCCUUGGUUCAAACCAGAAUCAGUCAGGCAUAAUAGACUCGAAUGUUACUACCGGUUUGGGUGCGACAGUCGUUAACAACUGGCCGAUAUGUGAUGGCCCUAGCCCCGGCGCCACCGUUAUUGCGCGUGCACAAGGCCUGCAUAUCUAUGCCGGUAACUGGCAGAAUACUUUCAGCAUAACAUUCGAGGUUGAAAGGUUUAAGGGAUCAACGCUUCAAGUGAUGGGGAUAUCCGUCGAAGAAGGUGAGUGGGCUAUUGUUGGUGGGACAGGACAGUUCGCUAUGGCGAUCGGUGUCAUCUACAAAAAGUUCCAUGAACAAAGGAGCGAUGGUAACAUCAUAGAACUCACUGUCCAUGGAUUUUGUCCCAUGCUGAAAGGUUCACAGAGCCUUCGCACAAAGGUUGGACCAUGGGGUGGAAAUGGAGGCUCAGAUAAAGACAUCGUCGAGGCACCAAGACGUCUAGAGAGCAUCACAGUUAGCAGCGGCACUAUCAUUGAUUCAAUCAAAUUUUCUUAUGUCGACCAAGCUGGUCAGAAGCGCACUGUUGGACCCUGGGGAGGUUCUGGAGGAAAACAAAAUACGUUCGUACUCGGCACUUCUGAGUUUGUGAAGGAAGUUUCUGGAACAUUCGGCCUUUAUGGCAGAGACAACCACAACAUAAUAACAUCACUGAAAUUUGUCACCAACGUGAAGACAUACGGGCCUUUCGGACAAGCGAAGGGAACCACUUUCACCAUACCAGUGCAAAAGAAUAGCAGCAUCGUGGGCUUCUUCGGACGCAGUGGGAUAUAUCUCGAUGCACUUGGUGUCUACGUGCACCCUCUCUAAGCUACUAGCUAGCGGCUAAUGCUCUCAUUUUCGGUGUGUAUUUCUCAAUCAAUUUGAAUAAGCGGAAGAGAUCUAGUAGACUUUUCUCUUGUCUAGAAGAUCCUAUCAAGCCGCCCAACUGGCUUUUUUAUUUACCUUUGUUGUGAUGAAUAAAAGUAUCGGUUUUUAUA